CAACGCUUGAAGGCAGAUUACAAAGAGGGUGAGUGGACUAAUUGCGACAACCGCUGCGUUUUCUUUGAUCUCCCACACAUAUAAACUCGGGAGCGCAGAAAUUCGCCCAGGACCGCCUGUCCUGUUGAUGCGGGUCCCUGCUGCUCAUCCGGGAGCAGGAGAUCCAGGGCGAUGUCGACGCCAGAUCCCCCCAUGGGAGGCACCCCUCGCCCAGGUCCUUCUCCUGGUCCGGGUCCCUCCCCCGGGGCCAUGCUGGGCCCCAGCCCCGGGCCCUCCCCAGGCUCCUCUCACAGCAUGAUGGGCCCCAGCCCUGGCCCUCCCUCCUCUGGACACUCCCAGGCAGGGCCAUCUGGAUACGGCCAGGACAACAUGCAUCCUCUGCAUAAACCAAUGGAGAGCAUGCAUGAGAAGAGCAUGAGUGAGGAGAGCCGCUUUAGUCAGAUGAAGGGACUGUCUAUGAGACAGGGCGGGCAUAGUGGUAUGGGCCCCCCACCCAGUCCUCUAGACCAACACUCGCAAGGUUACCACUCUCCAUUAGGUGGCUCUGACCACUCCAGCCCCGUCCCUUCAAAUGGUCCUCCCUCUGGACCUCUUAUGCCAUCAUCCUCUUCUUCUUCCUCCUCUGGUGGUCCCGGCUCUGCCUCUACACCUUUAGAUGGCCCCAGUGGGGAUCAGCACUCUCUGGGUCCCAGUAACCGGUCUGGCCCUCCAGGUGGCACCGGCCCAGGCCCCAGCCCUGGACCCAACCUUGGCUCAAGCGUCCCCAGCCUUGGACCUGGCCUUGAAUCUGGAGGUCCUACAGGUGCUGGAGGUUCUGGUGGCCCCGGUGGCCCUACUCCCUUCAAUCAGAACCAAUUACACCAAUUGAGAGCCCAGAUCAUGGCUUAUAAGAUGCUGGCCCGGGGACAGCCCCUCCCAGACCAUCUCCAGAUGGCUGUCCAGGGGAAGAGGCCGAUGCCUGGGAUGCAGCAGCAGCAGCCCAUGCCCAGCCUAGCUCCUGGAGCUGGAGGCGGGCCAGGAGGUGGACCAGUAGGACCAGGGCCUGGGCCAAUGGGCUCAGGCUACAGUCGAGCUCAUGGAAUGAUGGGUCCCAACAUGCCUCCUCCAGGACCAUCGGGUACUCCAGCUGGGAUGCAGGGACAAAACCCAAAUGGACCUCCCAAGUCCUGGCCUGAAGGCCCCAUGGUGAAUGCAGCGGCCCCCUCCAACGCACCCCAAAAGCUGAUUCCCCCUCAGCCCACUGGCCGGCCCUCUCCCGCUCCCCCUUCAGUUCCCCCUGCUGCCUCCCCGGUUAUGCCUCCACAGACCCAGUCCCCCGGCCAGCCAGCACAGCCUACUCCCAUGAUGCCUUACCAUGCCAAGCAGAACCGCAUUACUCCCAUUCAGAAACCCUGCGGCCUCGACCCUGUGGAGAUACUGCAGGAGAGGGAGUACAGGUUACAGGCUCGUAUCACUCAUCGUAUCGCUGAACUGGAGAACCUGCCGGGCUCCUUGGCUGGUGAUUUACGUACCAAAGCUACCAUAGAGCUCAAAGCUCUCCGACUGCUGAACUUCCAGAGACAGCUGCGUCAAGAGGUGGUCGUGUGUAUGCGUCGCGACACAGCUCUAGAGACCGCCCUUGAUGCCAAGGCCUACAAGCGAAGCAAGCGUCAGUCUCUGCGAGAGGCACGCAUCACAGAGAAACUGGAGAAACAGCAGAAGAUUGAGCAAGAGCGCAAACGCAGGCAGAAACAUCAGGAGUACCUCAACAGCAUCCUGCAGCACGCCAAAGACUUCAAAGAGUACCACCGCUCCAUCACAGGCAAAAUGCAGAAACUGACCAAAGCUGUGGCCACCUACCAUGCCAACACUGAACGGGAACAGAAGAAAGAGAAUGAGCGUAUUGAGAAAGAGAGGAUGAGGAGGCUUAUGGCUGAGGAUGAGGAGGGCUAUCGUAAACUGAUUGACCAGAAGAAGGAUAAGCGCCUGGCCUACCUGCUGCAGCAAACUGACGAGUACGUCGCCAACCUCACCGAGCUGGUCAGAGCUCACAAAGCUGCACAGGCCCUCAAGGAGAAAAAGAAGAAGAAGAAGAAAAAGAAGAAGUUGGAGAUUGCUGAGGGUCAGGCUCCUGCCAUGGGUCCUGAUGGAGAGCCUCUGGAUGAGACGAGUCAGAUGAGUGACCUGCCGGUGAAGGUCAUCCAUGUAGACAGUGGGAACAUCCUGACAGGAGUGGAUGCACCUAAAGCUGGACAGCUGGAGACCUGGUUGGAGAUGAACCCUGGUUAUGAGGUGGCUCCCCGCUCAGACAGUGAAGACAGCGAGGAGGAGGAAGAGGAGGAGGAGGAAGAGGAGGAGCCUCAUCCAUCGUCUACACCGGUGGAGGAAAAAAAGAAGAUUACAGACCCUGACAGCGAAGACGUGUCAGAGGUGGACGUCCGACACAUCAUUGAAAAUGCUAAACAGGAUGUGGAUGACGAAUAUAGCGGUGCAGCGUUCGCCCGAGGGCUCCAGUCUUAUUAUUCUGUGGCUCACGCUGUCACAGAGAAGGUGGAGAAACAGUCCACUUUGUUAAUAAAUGGACAGCUCAAACAGUAUCAGAUUAAAGGUCUGGAGUGGCUGGUUUCCCUCUACAACAAUAACCUGAAUGGGAUCCUGGCAGACGAGAUGGGCCUGGGAAAAACCAUCCAGACUAUCGCCCUUAUCACGUACCUCAUGGAGCACAAACGGCUUAAUGGACCCUACCUCAUCAUUGUACCCCUCUCAACUCUUUCUAACUGGGUGUAUGAGUUUGACAAGUGGGCACCGACAGUCGUGAAAGUGUCCUACAAGGGGUCUCCUGCUGCCAGAAGAGCCUUCGUCCCUCAACUGCGUAGUGGAAAGUUUAACGUUUUACUCACUACUUACGAGUACAUCAUCAAGGAUAAACAAGUACUGGCCAAGAUCCGUUGGAAGUACAUGAUCGUAGACGAAGGCCACCGUAUGAAGAACCAUCACUGUAAGCUGACCCAGGUCCUGAAUACCCACUACCUGGCCCCACGGCGAGUCCUCCUGACAGGAACGCCGCUGCAGAACAAACUACCUGAGCUCUGGGCGUUGCUAAACUUCCUCCUGCCAACCAUCUUUAAGAGCUGCAGCACCUUCGAGCAGUGGUUCAACGCUCCUUUCGCCAUGACUGGAGAAAAGGUGGACCUUAAUGAAGAGGAGACCAUCUUGAUUAUCCGUCGUCUCCACAAAGUACUUCGCCCCUUCCUGUUGCGAAGAUUAAAGAAGGAAGUGGAGGCGCAGCUUCCAGAGAAGGUGGAAUAUGUGAUCAAGUGCGACAUGUCGUCUCUUCAGAGGGUACUGUACAGGCACAUGCAGGCCAAGGGGGUCCUGCUCACUGAUGGAUCAGAGAAAGACAAGAAGGGUAAAGGAGGUACAAAGACCCUGAUGAACACCAUCAUGCAGCUGAGGAAAAUCUGUAACCACCCUUACAUGUUCCAGCAAAUAGAGGAAUCCUUCUCAGAACAUUUAGGAUUUUCUGGUGGGAUUGUCCAGGGUCCUGACCUGUAUCGGGCAUCAGGAAAGUUUGAGGUGUUGGAUCGAAUCCUUCCAAAACUGAGAGCCACAAACCACAAAGUGCUGCUCUUCUGUCAGAUGACCUCACUCAUGACCAUCAUGGAGGAUUACUUUGCCUAUCGCAACUUCAAAUAUCUGCGUCUGGAUGGCACUACGAAAGCUGAGGAUAGAGGAAUGUUACUGAAGACAUUCAAUGACCCAGAGUCAGAGUACUUUAUCUUCCUCCUGAGCACGAGAGCUGGAGGCCUCGGCCUCAACUUGCAGUCUGCCGACACUGUGGUUAUUUUUGACUCUGACUGGAACCCACAUCAGGACCUGCAGGCCCAGGACAGAGCCCACCGUAUCGGUCAGCAGAACGAGGUGCGUGUGUUGCGUCUUUGCACUGUGAAUAGUGUGGAGGAGAAAAUCUUGGCUGCUGCCAAGUACAAACUGAACGUGGACCAGAAGGUCAUCCAAGCUGGCAUGUUCGAUCAGAAGUCUUCCAGCCACGAGCGCAGGGCCUUCCUACAGGCUAUCCUGGAACACGAGGAGCAAGACGAGGUCUGGGGUCAGGAAGUGUGUCUACGCAUGAAUGAGGAGGAUGAGGUGCCAGAUGACGAGACGGUCAACCAGAUGAUUGCCAGGAGUGAGGAGGAGUUCGACCAGUUUAUGCGUAUGGACCUAGACCGACGUCGCGAGGAUGCCCGUAACCCGCGGCGAAAACCUCGUCUGAUGGAGGAGGAUGAGCUGCCCACUUGGAUCAUGAAGGACGACGCUGAGGUUGAACGGCUGACCUGCGAGGAGGAGGAGGAGAAAAUGUUUGGACGAGGGUCUCGGCAGCGAAAGGAGGUGGACUACAGCGAUUCACUGACCGAGAAGCAGUGGCUCAAGGCAAUAGAGGAGGGUACACUGGAGGAGGUGGAGGAAGAGGUACGCCACAAAAAGACGACCCGCAAGAGGAAGCGGGACAGAGACCUGGAUCUCCCUGGUCCCUCCUCUUCCUUGGGGGGACGCGGACGAGGGGACAAAGAUGAAGACGGGAAGAGGCAGAGGAAGAGGGGACGACCGCCUGCUGAGAAACUUUCUCCCAACCCCCCCGCCCUCACGAAGAAGAUGAAGAAGAUCGUGGACGCUGUCAUCAAGUAUAAAGACAGCGCAAGUGGGCGUCAGCUGAGCGAGGUGUUCAUCCAGCUGCCGUCUCGAAAAGAGCUGCCGGAGUACUACGAACUGAUCCGCAAGCCUGUGGACUUUAGGAAGAUCAAGGAGAGGAUUCGAGGUCAUCGCUACCGCAGUCUGGGCGACCUGGAGAGAGACGUCAUGCUGCUCUUCCAAAACGCUCAGACCUUCAACCUGGAGGGAUCACUGCAGAUAUAUGAAGACUCCAUUGUCCUCCAGUCAGUGUUUACCAGUUUGAGGCAAAAGAUCGAGAAGGAGGAGGAAAGUGAGGGGGAGGAGAGCGAGGAAGAGGAAGAGGAGCCAGAGGAAGGAUCAGAGUCUGAAACGCGCUCAGUGAAAGUAAAGAUCCGUCUGGGAAGGAAGGAUAAAGGUGGAGAUCGAGGGAAGGGACGCAGCAGACGAACAGGACGCACCAGAGCUAAACCUGUUGUUAGUGAUGAUGACUCUGAGGAUGAGCAGGAAGAGGAGCGCUCCCCCAGUGCCACUGAUGAGGAGUCCUGAACUGUACUGUAAUGUGAGAGAGGAGGGGGCAUAAAGCACUGCAUACAAAAUAAACAUGCCUCUGUCAACUCCAUCUAUCCUUAAUCAAAUGUCAUAGGACUGAACUAGAAAGGAGGUUUGCAAUACUAUCAAUACAGGAACAAAUAAUUAUUUGACUAGUCAUAAAAACAUCACAUGGAUUGGACUAUGCACAUCAACAUUUUCUUUCUCUACUGAGGCUCAGUCGUAACACAGAGAAUGUUGUUUGUGUGUUAAAACACUAAUUCACAGUUUAUGAGAGUUAGGGACGAGACAACAAUCAGUAUAGCAGCAUAUUGUGAUACGUAAGGCAGAUGGUCAUUAUUGUGAUAACCCAAGAAAAAAACUGUAUCCACUCUCUUAUGCUAAAGCUGCUAAUGGACAACAAAUACAAGGCGUGAAAAGAGUGGCAACCAAAGUACAAUGACUACAACCACAACUACCACACACUGUGUAGUAACGUUUUCUUUUUUUGGUACAUUUUAAUGCCACUUGAAGAGAUUUUUAAUCCUAUUUCAGUAAUUAUAUAAAUAGAUUUAUAUAUUGAGACAAUAUCAACAGAUAAUAAUUGUGCUAUUAAAUUUUCAUAAUCAGCUCAACUUGCCUUGAAGACGUGAAAUGUGAAAUAACUAAACAAUUCCAACAGUAA